GUGCGUCCCGGGCGCUUGUAGUGACGUCACACGCACGUUCUAUCAUGGUCCGGGAACGACGACACUGGUGACCUGACAACGCCAACGAGGAGCUGUCAGUGCUGUGUGUGGACACGGGAUUGGAAUGGCGGCUUGAGCGCCGUGUGGAGGGUCCGGAGUCACCGUCUGAAGGGAGAGGAGACAACAUGUCUGAACCGAACAGCGUGUCACUGCAGCAGAUGCUGGACAGGAGUUGCUGGGUAUGUUUUGCCACAGAUGAAGAUGACCGGACAGCAGAAUGGGUGAGACCAUGCCGCUGCAGAGGUUCUACCAAAUGGGUCCAUCAGGCCUGUCUCCAAAGAUGGGUAGAUGAAAAGCAAAGAGGAAACAGUACAGCUCGGGUUGCAUGUCCACAAUGCAAUGCGGAAUACUUGAUAGAAUUCCCAAACCUCGGUCCUGUCGUGUACAUGCUGGACCUUGCAGACAGACUCAUAUCCAAAGCGUGCCCUUUUGCUGCAGCUGGAAUAAUGGUGGGAUCAAUUUAUUGGACAGCCGUUACGUACGGAGCAGUGACUGUAAUGCAGGUUGUGGGCCACAAGGAAGGUCUAGACGUGAUGGAGCGGGCUGAUCCUCUCUUUUUGCUGAUUGGUCUACCCACCAUUCCUGUCAUGCUGAUUCUGGGCAAAAUGAUUCGCUGGGAGGACUAUGUUCUCAGACUGUGGCGUAAAUACUCAAACAAAUUACAGAUUCUUAAUAGCAUAUUUCCAGGAAUUGGAUGUCCCGUCCCUCGGGUACCAGCUGAGGCCAAUCCUCUAGCAGAUCAUGUCUCUGCUACUCGCAUACUGUGCGGAGCUUUAGUCUUUCCCACCAUCGCUACUAUUGUUGGCAAACUGAUGUUCAGCAGUGUUAACUCCAAUCUACAGAGGACAAUUCUGGGAGGGAUUGCUUUUGUUGCCAUAAAAGGAGCUUUCAAGGUAUAUUUCAAGCAGCAGCAGUACCUGCGUCAGGCUCACCGGAAGAUCCUCAAUAACCCAGAAGCAGAGGAAGUAUAAUUCUCACCAUCAUCUGUGUGUAUCGUACAAUCUUGUGCGCAAGGGUGUAUGUACUGUGUCGUAGUGACUCCUCGCCAUCACACAGUCCUGGGAAUUUACCACGUGCUGCUGCCGCCGCCCUUGGUUUUCCUUAUUUUUUUUUUCUUCAAGACACAAUAAAGCACUUUUGUAUAGCAGGAUCAGUACUAUGAGCAAUGAGCGGGUUGCAGGACGCACCAUCUUUCUACACUGCUUUAGACCAUCUUAAUAUUGUGCCGUUUCAGUUUUUUGCAUUUCACAUGCUGGUGUAUACAUCCAAAGGGGAAACUGUGAGGGACACCGAGGAAUAAACUGGAGCAUUGGGGUUACCAUUUUUAUAUUUUUAACACUUACACAAUGGCUUAAGCUAAAAGAUUUUUUUUUUAAUGUAACUUUCAGUUUAAAGUUGCUGCCAAAAGAGAAUGUUUGUAGAAUAAUGUACAGAGAUUUGUUGUCUCUAGGAGUUGCGCCAACGUCAUUCUAGGCAGUUUCAUUACCCGUAUUUUUGCAUCCUUUGUGAUUGGCUGUAAAGUUAUUGGUUUUACUUUUCUGAAGAAUACAGUCUUUCUCUGGCCUUACACUGCAUGUGCUUU